CACUCGUCAAGCGCAAGAUGCCAUGCUGGCGGAAGUAAUCUUGAGAAACUUACUCGUACUGGGGAAAAAUAAAGGUGGAUGAGGGAGUGUUAUUUUAACUUUGCAAAGUGAAUUUGAGAAAAUGAAAAUGAACCUACCGAGAGGCCCGAACAGUCUUUGUUUUGAUAAAGAUGAAUUUAUGAAGGAUGACUUUGAUGUCGAUCGGUUUGUAUCGGAAUGUCGGAAAAAUGUCCAGUUGGAGGAACUUAGGGAACAUUUGGAGCUUUACUACAAGCUUCUCAAGACAGCGAUGGUAGAACUUAUAAACAAAGAUUAUGCUGACUUUGUUAACCUCUCCACUAAUUUGGUUGGCAUGGAUAAAGCUCUCACUCAGCUUACAGUACCUUUGGGGCAACUACGAGAAGAAGUAUUGAGUCUUCGUUCAUCUGUUAGUGAAGGAGUUCAAGCCAUUGAAGACCGAUUGUCCAGACAGCAAGACAUACAAAGUAAAAAGAUUUGCAUCUUAAGAUUGAUCCAAGUUGUGAGAUCUGUUGAGAAAAUCGAAAAGAUUCUGCAUUCUCAAGCAUCCAAAGAAACAUCGUCUCUGGAAAUAAAUAGUCCUCUCCUUGCUGGACAGAUUUUAGAAAGGAUUGCAACAGAAUUUAAUCAACUUCAGUUUCAUGCUGUUCAUAGCAAAGGCAUGCCACUUCUGGAUAAAAUGAGGCCAAGAAUAGCUAGCAUUACUGCUAUGCUUCAGCAAUCCCUGGAAGAACUACUUUUAAAAGGAUUGCAAACAACGAAUGUGGAUAUUGUGCGACACUGUUUACGAACAUAUGCAACAAUUGAUAAAACACGUGAUGCAGAGGCUCUAGUUGGCCAAGUACUUGUCAAGCCUUAUGUAGAUGAGGUGGUAGUUGAACAAUAUGUUCAAUCCCACCCUAAUGGUCUUCAAAUAAUGUAUGGAAGGCUGCUGGAGUUUGUUCCACAUCAUUGCCGUCUGCUUCGUGAAGUAACAAGUGGAGCAAUUGCAAGUGACAGAGCAGAUACUGUACCAGGCUAUGACUUUUUGGUCAAUUCUGUUUGGCCAGAGAUGGUACGAGGCAUUGAAGAGAAACUGACAUCUAUCUUUAACCCUGGCAACCCAGAUGCAUUCCAUGAGAAAUACUCUAUAAGUAUGGAGUUUGUGAGAAAAUUUGAACGCCAGUGUGGCUCUCAGGCCAGUGUAAGGAGGCUCAGAAUGCACCAGUCAUACAAGAGCUUUCACAACAAAUGGAAUUUGCCAGUUUAUUUCCAACUCAGAUUUAAAGAAAUUGCUGGAAAUGUGGAGGCGGCUUUAUCAGAAGAUUUAUGUGAAGCACCAGCUGGAAGUGCUUAUCGACUGUUGGCUACACAUGUUUUAUGGAAUAACCUGAGUAAAUGCUGGUCUGAGAAUAUUUAUUUGCCACUUUUGGCACAUCGCUUCUGGAAGUUAACUUUACAACUGUUGUCAAGAUAUUCAAAGUUCCUAAGUGAGGUAUUAUCAAAAGCUUCAGUUGAUGCAAAUAAAGAUGGGAUUCGAAUACUAGCAACCAUUGGAAAGUCUGUCUCAACACCAAACUUUACCUCAAAUGAAGAGGACCUGGGCAGCACUACUGUAACACACACAAAAUCUUCACCAUCUCUUUCAACACAUCAAGUAGUAUAUAUUUUGGCAGACCUAGAUAAGCUGCAAGAACAGGUUUCUGAUUUGGAGGUAGUGAUUAAACAGAAGUUGGAGUUAAUUGGAUUCACAAAUUUUGCACUAAUUACAGAUUCUCUGUCUGAUUCCAAAGCAGCACUGUGUUUUUGCAAACCAGAACUAAAUAGCAAAAUUACUCAACAUUUAACAGAGAUAUGCUUCAGUUGUCUUAAAAGUGCUUCUGAGGUUCCUAGGCUUUAUAGACGAACAAACAAGGAGAUUCCAGCUAAAGCAUCAGUUUACAUUGACAAUGCUUUAAAACCUCUCUGUCAACUCCGGAGUGAUUAUAAAGAUACUCUUAACCCCAUGGUAAUACAGGAUUGGUUAAGAGGUGCACUUAGCAACAGCAUUCAAAGGUACUUUGAAACCGUUUCUGAUGUUCUUAGCUCAGUAAAGAAAAUGGAAGAAAGUUUGAAAAGACUAAAACAAGCAAGAAAGACAGUAACCUCAAGUAGUACUGGUGCAAAUGGAGGUUUAAGUGAUGACAACAAGAUUCGAUUACAGCUGGCACUUGAUGUGGAAUAUUUGGAUGAACAGGUUCAGAAAAUGGGAAUAAAGACGAAUGAUCUCAACCUUUUUUCAUCUCUUCUUGAAUUGGUUCAAACAGCCAAAGAAACAGCAUUGUCAGAGCAGCAGUUAACAUAAUAUACUGUUACUGUACACCUUUUUAUAAUUCUAAAUUUUUCUUAUUCUAAAUUUGUUGAUUUGGGCAAAAAGGCAAGAAUCAAAGUGAAAUGUCUGAAUAUGUUAGCCAUGCUUUAAAUAUACUGUGAUAUAUCAGUGUAUAAGGCAGCUGCAUAUAACAAAUUAAGAACAGGGAAAUAUUCAUUUUGUGUUUUUUAAAAUAUACAUUAAAAUGUAUUAUAAAACAUUGAUCAGAUCCAUAU